UGUGCCGGCGAGGAGAGCCAGUCCGCCAGGAAUACGCAUCUUCGCCUGCUUUGAGGUUUCCCGCAGUCGGUCUAAGUGUUUUUGCUUAUUCCCCCUUAACUGAGGGGUGGACGGUGGGGGUGCUGUGUUCAAUAUGAUUCCAUGGCUGUUCCUGUUCUAUCUCCUUUCCAGUCAGACUUUAGGUGUAUCCACCAGUUGUCCACAAAAUGCUCACCUCAAUCGACAAAAUCACCAUUGUUAUUGGAUAAGUGAAGACCAGAGGUCAUGGCACGAUGCCCGUCAGGCUUGCCAACAAGAUCCCAGUGCCGACUUGGCUAUUAUCAACAGUGUGGAUGUUCUGGAUUUUGUCCAGCAGCACUUUUCAGCGAUCAGCACAGCCUGGAUUGGACUGAUCCAGAGCAGUGUCUCAAGACCUGAGAUAUACCACUGGGUGGACGGGACUCCUGGUGAUACCCACGUGCACUGGGUAACCUCCAAGGUCCAGAGUGGUGACUGUGUUCAACUGCAGCUGAACAAGGAAGUCACUUGGAGUGGGAUAUCCUGCCACAGCAAACGGUACUUCAUCUGUGAAAAACCCCAUGAUGUCCAACUGCAGGACAUCAAUUACUUCCUGACUGGAACACCAGCCUUCAGGAAGGUCAACCUGGUGAAGAAUGUCACUGUGAUGACUGAGGCCUCCGUCCGAGGUGUAACAACAGUUGAGAUGAUGUUGUUUCCGGGCUUGUGGUUCAGCCACUCAGGUCUGGUGAACUCGAUUGAAUUUGUAGUCCAGCCUUUAAAGAAAGCCACUCGGGUACAUUUCAAGAUAUUCAGACCCUACUGCAUCCCAAGCCUGUACCUCAUCCCUCCAGGCUGCGAGUGGCUCCGUACUCCCUUUGCUACCUGUGACACACAGCCACUAUGCAAUACCACAGGAGGUUGCAACAACGGACAUCAGUGGUGCCACCUACAGGAAAAGUGUCUGCCCAUCACCAGCCCCUGCAGUUCAUAUGCGUUUGAAAACAUCACAACCAACAUCCUGCCAAUCGCUAACCCUCCCAGAUACAAAGGGACACAGCCAUAUUACUCCCAGGUGGCAGAUAUAGCAAUGAUCAUCAGCCCUGACCUCAACAUUGUGCAUGUAAAUGUGAUAUUGGGUGACCAGGAUGUUCGUGUUUAUCCAGAUGACGUGAUUGGUUUUCAGCAUGAUGCAGGUCCGAACUCUCUGCUGCAUUGCCUGUCCAGCUCAACAUCACCCUGGCGACAGAGCUAUAUCAGCCUGGUGCGGCAGGGCUGGCUGGAAAGUUUACUGGUUGGUUUCCAGCCUCGCUGGCCCAGCCCCAAAUGGUUCGAUAAUGUUGUCUGCGAUGUGCGGGUCCUGUAUACAGACCAGCCACAGCCGGUUGUUCCCACCCAGUCCCUCACUACCAUGCCAGACACACACCUGGUAACCCCAGUAAACAGAGUCAACCCCACAGCAAUCAACUGCUGCCCACUGGGCAUGUGGACAAAAAUCACUGGCAUGCAAAUCAUCUACCCCUGGCCACAUAAUGGCACUCUCCUGGUCCCAACUGGCAAUGAGGUACUCAUUGUGAUCAAGAUCAACUCUGGCAGCAAUGCCAGCUCCUGGUGGGGCCCUCCAGUUCAACAGUCAGGAGUCUUCUUCGAUGCCCACUGUCCACCCAGUCUACCUCAGUAUAUGCCAGCUUGCCACAGAGAGACUAGCGAUACAUGGUUCUCGUACGCCCACUUUACCGUCACCCAUCCCAGGGUAGAGAUCCUGAAUAUCACUGUGAGCAAUGAAGUCAGCUCCCAGAACACAUCUGUCGAAAUCCAGGCCUAUGAUGUGAUCCAGGGGCUCCAGAUUGUCCCCAAGAAACCCAGACGUGUACUGGUGGAUGUCUCACAGGUAUUUUCAGCACAGGUUACCCAUGGCACCUCUGUCAGCUUCACUUGGCUGAUUGACAACAUGGAGCUGUUUGCCUACAGUGGACAAAUCUACAAGGUGACCUUCAAACAACCAGCAACAUACAGGCUCAAGUUAAUGGCAGUGAAUCCGGUGAGUGAGCAGAACAUAGAAACUGAGUUAGUCGCUGAUACCAUGCACCCUCUAACAGAUCCGCAGUUUAUUAAUUUGUCCGGCACAGUUCUUGUUGACAAACCUCAUACAUUCACGUUCAGGAUCAUGGUGGACAGUUUAGCAGACAUUACAUUCCGGUGGAACUUUGGUGAUGCAAAUGCCACAAUAACGCAUUCCAGGCAUCCACCACACUCCGCCCACCUGCCUGAGCCAGACUCAAGGACCACGACCAUAAUGGUGCAAGAUCAAAUGACCUGGGCAUACUCUCAGCCUGGUAACUAUAUUUUGCAAGUGGAGAGUGCUGCUCAGUGGAGCUGCAUUAGGUGGAGUCAUUCAGUGUAUGUCCGCUACCCUUUGACAGAACUGAGCUGUGCAAAGGCGCCAGAGCACCCUCACACCAACGGAGUCAUUGUAUUUGAAGCUUACCCUCGGCCAUCCUCUUUUGGGAUAUUCUACACGUGGAACUUUGGUGAUGGAACUCCUGUUGUUUUGGCAAUGAGCUCCACAGUGCAGCAUAGGUUCAGAACGAGAGGAAUUUACAAUGUCACACUCCAGGUCAAUAAUACAGCCAGUGCAAUGAGUUCCUAUUUGAUGGUUACAGUGGAAGAAGAGAUUACAUGCCUCGAGGUGACAACCAGUGAGCGCAGUGAGCUGGGCUCUACAAUACUGGUUCAUGCAGAAGCAAGAAGCGGCUCAAACAUUCUGUGGGCCUUCAAUAUGGGGGAUGGACACACCUUUGGAAAUCUGACAACUGACACCAUUUUUUACAGAUACUCUGUGGAAGGGCGUUACACCAUCACGGUAACUGGGAGUAACGCGGUCAGCUCGGUUAGUCAGUCGGUUUUUGUGGCGGUGUAUGCGCUGAAGGUUAUGGCUGUCAAACCAACAGGAUGCUUGGUCUCAGGAAGCAACACCUCCUUUCAGGCUGAGGUGUCCAGCACAGGGAAUGAGACUCAGGUUUGCUGGAGUUUCGGAGACAGGAGCCUAGCUCUGGUGGUCCGAGGCAGCUCCGGGGUCCAUCAUACCUAUGCCAUGGCUGGGAACUACACAAUCACUGUCACCGCCACCAGCCCCUUCAAUACUGCAUCUUACCAGGCUACCAUCUGUGUGCAGGCACCCAUCCAUUCUGUCCAGCUCUUGGCCAGAAACCUUUCCGUACGGUUGAGAGACCCAGUUCAGUUUGUGGCUAAGGUGGACCCUGAGGAAGGCAAGCAGCACCCUUACCAAUACCACUGGGAUUUUGGGGUGCAAGGGCCUCCUAUUUCCAGUUGUAGGGAGCAGUCCUUUGUCUAUGAUAAAGUUGGCAUCUACUUGGCUGUGGUCACAGUGAGUAACCGUGUUGACCGUCAAAGUAGUUCCUGCUCAGUGACUGUUCAGGAAAGUGUUGGGGACUUCACAAUUCAUCAUGAAGGUCUGGCCCAGGAGGCUCUCUCCUUGAACAAAACAUUUGAAUUUCAUCUCCACGGUGCCUCGGGUACCAACGCCACAUUCUACUGGGACUUUGGUGACGGCACCGCCAGGACAGAGGGCCAGCAGGUAUCUCACGUUUAUCGGAGCUGUGGAUGGUUCACCAUGAUGGUGGUGGGGGUAAACCUGGUUAGUCGCCUGGAGAGGUUCCUGAAUGUCCAUGUCAUCACCCCCAUCACCCAGCUGAGUGUCAGUGCUGCACAGCUGGUAGUGGAAACUGGGAAGAGUGUCACCUUCACUGCUUCGCUGUCCACAGGAGAACAAGUCAUCUUCUUCUGGGCAGUGUGCGGAGAUUGUGUCCUACACCCCGGAUCAUCCAGUUUCAAACACAGCUUCCUGGAGCCUGGUACUUACAGUGUGGUGGUGACCGCAAGAAAUGAGGUGAGCGAAGAUACAAAAAUGGUCACCGUUCAGGCUGAGGAAAGGAUCCAGGAUGUGAAAAUAGACACUGGAGAUCUGAUUCACAGCAGUUACUUUGCUACCAAGGAGGUUUGUAUACUGCGUGCACACGUGGCACUGGGGUCAAAUGUGUCCUAUGAAUGGACCAUUAGACAAGGCCCUGUUGUGGUUGCUGUAGGUCAAGGGUCAAUCAUGAUGUUUCAACCAGAGGCAGCUGGGGAUUAUUGGUUGAUGGUGAUGGCUAAAAAUGCUCUUGGAGGAGUCAGCCAAAGUGAAGAGAUCUCAGUAUUGGAGCGUAUCAGUGGGGUGAAGGUCACUUCAACACCACACAACGUAGCCACAGGACAACCAGUUCAACUGAGUGUCACAGUCACCUCUGGGACUGAUUUAUUGUAUGAAUGGUUCAUCGAAGGAGCUGAAAAUUGCCUAAGGACCAACAUCUCCUCACUUACCUACAUUUACUCAACAGCAGGAACCACGAAGGUAAAUGUGACCGUCUACAAUAGGCUAGGGAGUGCCCAGAACUCCCUUGUUUUAACAAUCCAAGAGCCUGUUUGUGAAGUGAGCUACACUGUAUUGGAUGAGGCACUUCCUUUUUACUUGCAGACUAAUGCCACCGUCCACCUGAAGGGCUUUGCCAGCAGAGGCACUGAUAUCUCCUGGGAAUGGUGCCUGCUAAGCCCAGUAUGCACCCAGUCCUGGCACAGUCGUGAGAUCAAUCACACAUUCAGUGCAGCAGGAGUCUACCCACUCACCCUCAAUGCUUCCAAUAGAGUUAGCUGGGAGUCAGUGCACCACAACCUCACAGUGCAGGACAGAGUCAUAGGGCUUGUCAUCGAGUUGGACAAGACAACUGUUCGGGUUGGUGAACCAGUGACUUUUACCCUCAACGUUCACCAGGGCAGCAUGGUGCGCUACUUCCUGCAUUUUGUCACUUUGCACACACAGUUGUCACUACAUGGUGACACCUACAAAGUGACAUUCCCUUCAGUAGGACAGCAGAAUGUGACCGCGACAGCACGUAAUGAAGUCAGCAGUGAGAUGUGCUCUGCCUCUGUGGUGGUGCUGGAGGAGGUCACUGGACUCCACUUGGUUAAUUGCUGCCAGUCUACUGUGGAGGCCAACAAGGAGAUGAAGCUCACUGCGAGGGUGCACACAGGGACGGGUGUGAGGUACAGGUGGCACCUCCACCUGCCAGGCUUACCUGACCUGCAUGGCUCAGGGCCAGGCAUUACCUACACCCCUCAGAGCACAGGAAAGCUAACUGUCCAUGUGGAGGCUAUUGGACAGCUUGAUGCCCUUUCACUUACUGAGUGCAUUCAAGUUCAACACCCUGUGUCAGUGGCAGGCAAGCUCUGGAGUGACAAUGUUGAUCUGUUUGUGGAACAGGUUGUGACAUUUUGGAUGGUGCUAUUGGAGGGUACUGAUGUUCGAUAUCUCUGGAACUUUGGUGACUCACCCAAGACGUACACCAGUCAGAAUGGCACUGUCCAGCACAGGUAUAAGACAGUUGGUUGGUACACUGUGGAGGCCAAGGUCUUCAAUGAUGUCAGCUCUGUGGUUGUCCGCCUGGUGAUCAACGUGCGGCAGCCUGCUUGCUGGGCUCCUGAAGUCAGAUUGGUCAAACCGCCACCUACUGUUGUCCGGGCACGAGCGAGUUACUUUGAGGCAAAGGUGGACCUGAAGGGCUGCACAGCGUAUCAGGCUCGCUACCGUUGGGAGCUGUUAGAGGGCACCAGCUGCCACUCGAGCUCAGUUCGAGUGCCCCUCAGCACUGUAGAUACUGGAAAACCCAUCCUGGCCUUGCCCAAACUGGCACUGCCUCUAGGUGCCCACUGCUUGCAGUUCACGGUGGACCUUGUUAGCACACCAUUGAGCCAGAAGGUGGCAGUGGUGAUCCAGGUGGUUCAGAGUAAGCUGCUGGCUAUUAUCAGUGGAGGAUCAGAGAGAACAUGGGCCAGUCACCAGGAUCUGGUACUAGAUGGAUCAAAAUCCUACGACCCGGAUGUUGAGAUGGAGGAGGAGGCUUUUCUGACUUACCACUGGGUUUGUGAAGCUGUGGAUUACUUGACUUCUCCAUGUAUUCAUCCUGGUAUUUCAGUUGGGCCUGUAGUCACUAUUCCAAGAAACAUCCUGCUGCCAGGUGUGACCUACCUGUUCACACUGACUGUCACCAAGCUGGGUAAACAGGCUGCCCACACCACUCAAACGGUUCUGGUGCGAGCUGGGGAGAUUCCUUGUGUAAUGUUGGAAUGUAUCUCCUGCCAUGUCCUCUGGAGUUAUGGAGUGAGCAGGAGCACGCAUGUCACAUUGGCUGGGAGAUGUCAGAAUUGCAGCAACAAGUCCAGUUAUAAGUGGAUAGUUCAAAGUUCAGAUGCCUACCCUUUGAUUUUGGACAAUAAAACCACCUCGACAGGUGACUCCAGUCCUAACCUGGUUGUUCGACAGGGUGUCCUCCAAGAUGGGAUCAACUACACCUUCACCUUGAGCAUUACUGAUCCAGAGAAGGAAACCACAGGGUUCUCCAGCAUCACUCUGACUCCUAACUACCCACCAAGUGGAGGCGAGUGCACCAUCCAGCCAGACCAAAUGUUCUACCUUUUGGAGACUCUGCUAAGCUUUAACUGCACAGGCUGGUGGGAUGAGGAUGGUGGCCUGGAUCAGCUGGUUUACUCACUGAUGGCGAUCACCUGCCCUUAUGAUUCCUCCAGUUGUGAUAGGUUUCUGUUGUACCGGGGCAUCAAGCCCUCCUCCAGUGUGUUGCUGCCUGCGGCUACCAGCGGCAGAGCCUCCACUGUCCGUGUCUUGGUUCAGGUAGAGGAUCUGCUUGGUGCUAGAACCUUAGCUAUUAACAGAACUCUCAUGGUGUUAAUGCCAGAUUUCCUCCCAGGAUCAUACAGUGUCAUUGAUUGGUUAAAACAUAAGAGCCAAUCAGAGCUGUGGGGCUUGGUUCAACAGGGCAACCCCAGUGAGGUGAUCCCAUACGCUGUCACUGUCAUCAGCGCCCUCAAUCAGUACUCCAGGCACCGUGAGCAUGAUCUGAGGGAUCGGAUCACCAUCCGUAGUAAUAUAACCCAGGCACUGACCUCAAUGACAGUCGCAACUCUGGAGGAUGUGAAACAGAUCAGUGCAGCACUGGCUCAGUGUGUGGCUUUUCCGGAAGAAUUUAUAAUGGGUCAGGGGCUGGAAGGAAGUCUGAGGAUAACCCGACAGAUGAUUGACAUCAUUGGAAAUCAGGCAGGCCAAGGAUCAGCCACACCCAGUGAAGCUGGAAGAAAUAUUUUGAGAAUCCUAGGUGCUGCGUUGCCUGUGAUUGAUGUUGGUGCAAAUAAUGGAACCCAGAGGCAAGAUGACCUGUUCACCUCUGCAACCAUCUUCCAGUUGAUCAGCAAACUUGUCCAGGCUCUCAUGCGCUCUCGGGUUCUCAAUGAGGAGCCCUUGCUAUUAUCUGUCUCUGAAAUCGACGUGCAGGGGAAGAGAGUGGACCCCUUCAACCUGUUGUGUGCAUGGCCUGGUGAGCAAUGCCUCUUCCACAUCCCCCAGGCUCUAUCCAGCCAACUGUCAGCAAACCGUGAGCUCAUCCAGCUAACAAUGAGCCUCAGGAUCAAUCCGUUCCCAGGAGGCACCAUCAGCAACUACAGUGUCUCCACCCAUCUCGGAUCCAUGGAGCUGAGCAGCUCACAAGGGCUUCCAGUCCCAAUCAACGGUCUUGCCACAGAAAGGUCCAUCCGUGUCACCCUAGCAGACCGGAGGCCCCGUCAGCGGGAACACCCAGUGACAGUGAAAACUCUGAGUCCUGGAGAAAGUGUGAAUUUCACUGUCCGGCCUGUCAAUAGUAACCGUGCAGCUGGACUCCACAUUGACUUGCGGUUCACGCUGAUAGAUCUUCAUGGUGCCCAGGACCCAGACCCUUUUGUCCAGUUCCAUGUCCACAACAACCCACUGUUUAAUGGUUCCCCAUACAAUGCAACAAGAGGAAUUAUUCUGCAUCCCACCAGGGAACAUUCAACUGUCGAGCACACCAUUUUCCUAUCUCCUGAGGUAUAUGACAGCACCACUGAGCUGUUGAUUGUCACUGUUUCCAACCGCUUCUCCUCUGCCCGAGUGAGUAUCACAAUCACCAUAUACACCUCGCUCUGCCAGUACUUCGAUUUCCAGAGCUUGCAGUGGAGGACAGAAGGCAUUGUGCCCACACACUGGACCAGGCUGGAGGAAGCUGUGUGCCUCACUCGGCAUCUCACCCUCUUCGGAGCCAGCCUCUUUGUGUCUCCAAAUGCGGUGGAGUUUCUUGCACCGGCAGACAAGCCAGUCCAGAACAUUGUGGUGGCAAUCAGCUGCACCUUGGUGUUUGUUGUCUAUACUGUGAUGGCACUCAUUGCCCACAAGCUGGACUACAUCGAUAUCAACCGUGUUGGUAUUAUCCCACUCUGUGGGCAGCAUGGGCAGUACAAGUACGAAGUCAUGGUGAAGACUGGCUGGUGCAGAAAUGCAGGUACUACAGCCCAUGUGGGCAUCAGUCUGUAUGGCCUGAACAAAAGUGGGUCCCGCCACCUGGACAAGGAAGGAGCAUUCCAGAGAAACAGUCUGGACAUUUUUCAGAUUGAGACAGAUGCCAAUUUGGGUGAGAUUUGGAAGAUCAGAAUCUGGCAUGAUAACACAGGACUGAGCCCCUCUUGGCACCUGGAGCACGUAGCAGUUUGGGACAAGCAGACUGACAUUAUGUACUAUUUCCUGGCUCAGGACUGGUUAUCAGUGGAGAACGAGAAGAAUGAAGGGAUAGUGGAGAAGGAUGUGUUGGCAGCGUGUCCCCAGGAGCUGCGUCGUUUCUCUCGUAUCUUUGUCUCUCAGCUGAAACGUGGUGUGUCAGAGAAGCACAUCUGGCUGUCAGUCUGGGAUCGUCUGCCUCGGAGCCACUUCACACGGGUGCAGCGGCUCACCUGCUGUACCCUGCUCAUGUACUUGUUUCUCACUGCAGCAGCCACAUGGUAUGGAGCUGUGGGAGCCAAAAAAGAAAGCUUUCCUGUGGCAUACCUGACCACUGUCACAGGUGAGACGGUGGCUGUUGGCAUUGUUCUCGCGUUUGUCGUUUUCCCGAUCCACUUUCUCUUCACCUGCCUCUUCAGAAGAAUCCGGAGCCAGGUCACCAUGGAUGACCCUGAAGGCUCUAUACCAGAGGCGCAGACUGUGGGAAUGGACAUGUGUUUGGAUCCCUCGGAGCUGGGUAGCUCCUCCUUCCUAUCUAUUCCUGGAGGCCUGGACUCCAUUGCAGAUGCCAGCUCAGAGAGUUGUGAAUCCCAUUGGAGUAAAAAGCUGGACUCAGGCUUGCAGUUCCCCCCGCAGCUUUUCAGCAAGAGCUUUCUGAAGAGCUGGCCGUCGUAUGACAGUUUGUUUGACCUCCCUGACUUCUUGAACCAUGAUGCUUCCUUCAAUCAAAACAAAAUUCUGAAACGGAAGAAAGCUUUGCGCAAACAAGUGAUCAAGUCGUGCUCAUCAUUGGAUGAAGAUCCCCUUUCCCUUUCCAUCGCAGACUCCUAUGAUAGCUGGAGUUUGAAACAUAAUCAGCUGACAACAUCAGAUGAAGAUCUUAUGAGGAGCAUUGCUGCAGAGGUGAAGCAGCAAGGUGGGUUAUCAGACCAGGUUACAUCAGACAGCGGGCAUUUCUCUCCAAGGGCAGAAAUGGACCUUAUCUCUGAGACCUUAGAGAGCUCGAGCAGUACCUGGUCUGACCUAGGAGAGAAGAAGCUGCACAUAGGAGCCUUGCAUCAGUCAUCCUCAUUCUUAUCAUCGAGAGGAACAACCAGCAGCUUCCUGUCCAGCCGGGGAGCAGCUCCCACAUCUGACUCUGUCUUUUCCACUCGCAUUGGAAUCUUAAAGAGGCCAAAGAAAUGGAUGCUUCCUCACUCAAUCCUUUAUGCAACAUAUAUCAUCUGCUUCCUGCUCAUCGCUGUAUGUGUCAGUGUGACGGUGUCCUAUGGCAUGUUAUUUCCCAACCGUGUUGUAUUAAUGUGGCUGAUUUCUGCAUUCUUCUCCUUCCUGACCUCAUUCUUUGUUCUGGAACCUAUAAAGGUGCUGUGCGAGGCUGUGAUCCUCGCACUAUUUACCAAGCCGGUAGACGCUGAUGAGGAUGAUAAAUUGGUUGAGGAACCUUUGGUUAAGAAGACAGGAGAACGAAUUGGUAAAGUCAGAGCACCAUAUGGUUACAGUCUCCUCCAGGCUAAAGAGGAGGCACGGAAAGUGAGAGCACUGCACACAUUGAUGAAGAAUUGUGUUGUGCACACAUUCUUCUUCCUGGUGGUGCUCGUCAUUAACUACCAAGGCUGUUACCAAAACGCCAAUGGCCGCCUCCUGCAAGCCUCCAUUCGACAGUCCAUCGUUGGAAGGACACUGCACUCAUCCAACUUUAGUGCAAUCCAAAGACCAGCUGAUUUCCGGCAAUGGCUAGAUACUGUGUUGCUGCCUCAGCUGUACAAUAAUCCCCAGCUGACAUUGAUCGGAGCACUGCAACUUCAAUAUGUCCGGUCCCAGAAAGGACACUGUUCCUGGUGGAUUUAUAGGUUAACCCCUGUAAUUCAUCCUGGCAAUAGCUGUGACCAUGCCAACUCAUUGAGCACUGAAAUAAUCACCCAGACGAUUGACUGGUCUGCUGAGAUUAACAGCACCCAUCACAAUUGGGUUUAUUCAUCAGACGACUUCACAAGGACAGAAAGUGCGUAUGUUGAGUUCACACAGUACAGCCGGGAUGUGGAUCUUUAUGCUGUGGUGACCUUACUGGUCGUCUUUCAGCCCACGUUGCCUGUCAAACCAGCUGUCGUUAUUAAACCUGUCCCAGUGCUAAGCUCAAGUCGCGGGGUGGACCUGUUGCUGGUGUUGAUGGUGCUGCUACUCCUCUUCAGCCUCUGUUUUCUGGUUGCUGAGGCCAUCGCUCUGAAGAGGGACAGUAUGGCUUAUUUCAAAGAAGGCCACAGGUACCUCCAGCUCCUCAUCAUCCUCCUUUGCAUCCUCAUCCCUGGCCUCCAUUUCAGCCACAUCAGACUCGCUGACCGGCAGCUCAGCCUCUACAAGUACAACCCCCAACAGUUUGUUAGUUUCUACCAUGUUGCGUGUCUGGCUGAGGGGGUCACCAGUCUCGCCGCAUUUCUGCUCACCAUCCUCACCUUGAAGAUUAUAGGACAGUUUCGUUUUGUGCGGAGAUGGUGUGUGUUUGGGAGGGUGUUCCAGUGUAUGAUCCGAGAACUGAUGGCUGCCUUCCUUUGCCUCUUCCUGAUUGUCAUGGUGUAUGCACAGUGCGGCUAUGUGGUGUUCUCUCCUACUCUGGAACACUUUGUGACAUUCAGCAGCUCUCUGCUGACUUUGGUUGCCUUCCCCCGAGGAACUCUUUCCCUCCGACAUGCAGUCCACCAUUACCCCAUAAUUGCACCCCUCUACUUCCUCGGCUACGUGCUGUGUCUGACGUGGAUAGCGAGAAACUUCUUCAGUGCCAUUAUCAACCAGAGUUACAAGCAGCUCAAAGCAGAAAUGUACCGCCCAGCCAUUGAACCACAAGACUACGAGAUGAUCGAAUUCUUCAUUAAGAGGUUCAAACUUUGGAUAGGACUCACCAAGACAAAGGAGUUUCGACAUAAGGUAAAAUUUGAAGGGAUGGAGUCCUUGCCGACAGGCACUUCCCAAACCCUGAGAUUAUCUCAACUUGCAUCAGAAAGCACUGAGUCUCCUUUCUCAGACUGCACCAUCUUGUUAGGCUCUGUGCAAUCCGAGGAGCUGACUCUGCCAAAGAGUCCAACCUCAGAGAUCUACAAGGUCGAAACCUAUCUGGAUCGGUUGCUGCCAACUGUCAACAGCCUCCUCGGUCAGUUUGACCGUGUCAAUAAAGUCACUGAUGACUUGUACCGGAUCGAGAGUGACUUGGAGAAAGUGCAGCACAGAAUCAACCAAAGGAGACAGACUCUGGGCAAGAAUGAAAACAGCAAAGCAGAGAGACAAAACCUCACUGUGCCCAGGGCGUGCAGUGCUGUUUCUGAUUCGGCCGUUUCCAGCCUUCGACCAAGCACAGGCCCAGCUCGUGAGUACAGUGCAGUCAUUGCCCAAUCAGCUCACAGUGCUCUACCAGAUGGCUCCAGAUCUAGUGAUGCUCCUGGGCGAAGAGCCUGGCAGUCAGGUCCACCACUGUCAGCAGGUAUCGGUCAGAGAGCAGUAUGGAGUUCAGAACCUGCAGCCAAGCCAAGGCCCAAAAGUGAAGAAGGGCAGGAUCGAGUGAUGACUCAUCUGCAGGCCCCAGUAAAGAGGAGAGCAUGGCAGAGUGAAAGCAUGGAAGGGAAACCAUGAAUUAAUAUACAAAGGAGCCAAAAGGAGUCACCAGAGAGCUCUGAGAGACUGGAACAAAAACAAAAAUUGCUGGGAAAACUUAGCUGGUCUCGCAGCAUAAUGGCCAUGUACAAUAAAGCAGAAAGUUGUGGAUGCUGUAAAUCUGAAAUAAGAAUAGAAAUUGCUGGAGAAAUUCACAUUUUAAUGAAAGGUCACUGGAUCUGAAACAUUUACUCUGCUUUCUCUCCACAGAUGCUGAAAGACCUGAGUUUUCCCAGCAAUUGCAAUUCUUUCAUUAUUUUGUUCUGCAAUUCAUUGGUGUUUUUGUUUGCUGAGAGACUGGCAUUGAUGCUAUUUUCCACCAUUUGUAAUAUCCACCUACAGAUCAACAUCAAGGAGCAGCUAAUACUGUUUAUUCUACGUGCUAGGGAUCGCCUUAGAUUUAGUGGUGAUUCCAAACUAGCAUCAGAUGUGUAACUAGGGAUGUGCUGGUUUAGUCGUGAUAAUUAUGAUAGUGUUGUUUAAAGCUGCUGCUAAGUUUCAAGUUCAAAAAUCACAUGACACUGUGUUAUAAGCACAAGUUUUCAGGGUCUUGCUCCUUCUUCAAGUGAUAGUGAGACAGGUGGCAUCAGACACAGAUUUCCUAAGUAAAAGAUCAUAAUCCUUCCUAAUUGAUUAAAGAUUUAAUAGACAUUUUAGGUUCAUUCAAUGCAAUUGCAUCAGUCCUAUGAUUCAUUGAUCUUUUGCUUAUAAAACCUGUGUCUGAUGCCACCUCUCUCACUAACACCUGAAGAAAAACAAAGACUCCAAAAGCUUGUGUUUUCACAGAAACCUGUUGGACUAUAACCUGGUGUGGUGUGAUUUUUGACCUUGUCCACUCCAGCCCAACACCCACAUGUCCACAUCAUGGCUAAGUUUCAAGACAGCAACUAGAGAUUAGAGUAGCCAUACAUAAAACAGAACCUUGUUAAAUCCAGAGGCAAGAAUCCUUUAAUCUCCCUAGGACAUAUGUUAAUUUGUAAGGGACUGUUGUGGCAGUGGUAAUGUCCCUACCUCUGUGUCAGAAGACCAGGGUUCAAGUCCCACCUACCCCAGGGGUGUGUCAUAACAUCGCUGAGCAGCUUGAAUAGAAUGUAUCUCUAAAUAGAUUUUGAUAGUUACAUUGUCACAGCCAAAUAGACAAAAUUACAGACAAGUGAAGAUAGUAAAGUACUGCGUAUUAAAAUUUCAAUUGAGAAGCAAGUAGCAAACAGCUGUGGAAUGCUAACAGCACCAAAACAGGAAGAUAAAAUGAGGCAUCAGAAAUAAACAUCAACAUCAGUCCCUUGAGAGUUGAUCUGGGAAGAUUUACUGUGAGGUUUCACUGGAAUCGUUCUGGCAAAUCUCUUCUGCAGCCCCUCAAGGACCCUCAUGUCUGUUGUAGUGAGUGGUGAUCCAACAAAUGAAUCAAGAAAACCCUUUCUGCCUCUCAAUUUCACCCCAGCUUCCAUUUCUUCAACUACGUCCACUUCAUCUACUGUCUCCACUUCUAAUUGUGUUUUGUCAAUUUCCAGACCCUUAGUAAGCACGGACAUCAAGUCCUUAAUUGGUACUUGAGUCCUUUGCUACACCUAGAAAUAUUGAUGGUCCUGUAUAGGACACACCCUGCCUGGUGGGUUCCAUUUUAAGCAGACCACCAUCUUAGUCUCAUAUUCUCCCCUUGCCAGCCUGUUUUUGUUUUCCCUCCCCUCCCCUUCCAGCUGGCUGUCUUUGACUUGACUCUCAGUUGAAUGAUUCGUCUGGUAUGUAUUUUUAACAAUUUAUAGAUAUCUAAAAUAUUUGUUUGGAACAAUAACUGAAUUUUAAAACUACAUUCUCUACUAGGAAUAUGACAGUAUUUUCUGUUGUUUAACAUUGUCAUUAACAAUUUCCAUUGUGCCUUACUACUUAAGUUCUUCAAUAUAAAUCUAUACAAUUUAGAAUUAAUAUAGAUUCAUAGUUUUUAUCGUUCUAAAGAGGUACAUAUGAUUUUACACAGACACACGUUUUCAGUUUUCAAAGUUCAGUUAAAUGCUUUGGAGAGUUGUUGACUUGCCCUGAAUUGGUAGCUUUCGCUCAAAACCCCUGCACAAUUAUCUUCAUGCCAUGAUCUUCCUCAUGACUGGCAUGCCGUAUGUUGGUCUGAGCUGGUUUCUGUUUCCUCAGAAAGAAGCCGCAUGGAUGGCAGUGCCUUUGGAUGAUCUGGACUUGUUGUGUGAUUUAGAAAUCUAGUCUGGUAUCAAUGUAUUAAUCUUCAGAUAUUAGAUUACAACAGAGAGUGCCCUUCCAGCAGCAUGUCAUGCUUUUCCUUUUUCUCUGUGUAAGACACAGCCUAUGAUACCAGAAUGCUUAAAUUACCUCUAAGUAUAGAUAUUAACCAAUAAACACAACACAAAACAGGCAACCAAAACUAGAAUAACAAAUCUUAACUUACCUCUAGAUAGUUUUAAAGAUAAUCCACAAAAUGUGACCAUGCUACUUGUACUUACCAUUAAAUCAUGACCUAUUUGACCUAUUGCAAACAGAGGCCUGGAGUAUGCCAAGAAAGUAAAGAUGAAGCACCUGUGAGGGUAACUUUGCUUAACCCAAACCACAGCCUACUAAGGUCUAAGACUCAUAACUGCCCAGUCACAACUCCAUGGCACUGGGUCUCCAAGUGAAUGUCCUGGAAAAUUUUUGCCCCUCCACUCACCAUCACUGGAUGAAAGAGUUCUCUCGAAAAGGAUAAGAUUGAAAUGGGGGCCAGAUUUCAGAUAGACAUCAGAGGAUACCUGGAGAAACAACCUUGACUAUUCUAGAAUCAGGUGUGGGAUACCAGGGUAACCAGAGUAGAAUUCAAAGAGAUUCCUGUUAAGACUCACAUCAACCCCCAUAGGAAGACCUUCACAUUAGUAAAUUAUUUGACAGAGCCUUGAAGGGAAAAGUCAACAUCCAAAAGAGAAGGAACACAAAUUGUUCAAAAUCCUCUUUUAGAGCUUAUAUUUCUUUGAUUUAA